AUGGCAGCCCGCUCCCUUGCCCGCGGAGUCUCCGCGCUCUCCUCUUCCUCUCCCCGCAUGGUGGCAAGCUCGAGGUCGCUGGUGACUGCUGCUCGCACAGCUUCGUGGCGAACACCAUCAGCAUCACUCAGACGCAGCCUGCAUGCCUCUGCUCGCAGCUGGCAGGCAGCCACCACAUCGGCCGCCUCGACGGCCACCGAGUAUCCCAACUCGCACGAGCGCGUCGCCACGCCCAUCGACACCACCAACUUCAUCGACAACGAGUUUGUGAGCUCGCAGGCCACCACCUGGAUCGACCUGCACGACCCAGCCACCAACAACUUGGUCUCUCGUGUGCCUCAGAGCACCGACGCCGAGCUCAAGGCGGCUGUUGCCUCGGCCGAAAAGGCCUUCCCGGCCUGGCGCGCCACUAGCAUCAUGUCCAGACAGCAGAUCAUGUUCAAGUUUGUUGCGCUCAUCCGCCAGCACUGGGACCGCCUUGCCGCGUCUAUCACUCUCGAGCAGGGCAAGACCUUUGCCGAUGCCAAAGGUGACGUGCUGCGUGGCCUGCAGGUCGCCGAAACCGCCUGCGGUAUCACCACGCAGAUUACCGGAGAAGUGCUCGAGGUCGCCAAGGACAUGGAGACGCGCAGCUACCGCGAGCCCUUGGGUGUUGUUGCUGCUAUCUGUCCUUUUAACUUCCCCGCCAUGAUUCCUCUCUGGUGCAUCCCCGUGGCCACCAUCACCGGAAACUGUGUCGUCGUCAAGCCAUCUGAGCGAGACCCUGGCGCAGCAAUGAUCCUGGCCGAACUGGCCCGCGAGGCCGGCUUCCCUCCUGGCGUGAUCAACAUCGUGCACGGCUCGGCCAAGACAGUCGACUUCAUCCUGGACGAACCCGCCAUCAAAGCCAUCAGCUUUGUCGGUGGCAACCGUGCGGGCGAGUACAUCUACACACGAGGCAGUGCCAAUGGCAAGCGCGUGCAGGCCAACCUGGGCGCCAAGAACCAUGCCACCGUGAUGCCGGACUGCAACAAGAACCACGCGCUCAACGCUAUUACCGGCGCUGCCUUUGGCGCCGCGGGCCAGCGCUGCAUGGCUCUGAGCACGCUGGUCAUGGUCGGAGAGACCAAGGAAUGGCUGCCUGAGCUGGCGGAACGUGCCAAGGAGCUGAAGGUCGACGGUGGAUUCGAAGAGGGCGCUGAUCUGGGCCCUGUCAUUAGUCCGCAUAGCAAGAAGCGUAUUGAGGACUUGAUUGCUACUGCUGAGAAGGAGGGUGCUACUAUUCUCCUGGACGGCCGUGGCUACAAGCCAGAGAAGUACCCUAAUGGAAACUGGAUCGCACCUACCAUCAUCACCAACGUCACCCCCGACAUGACCUGCUACAAGCAGGAGCUUUUCGGCCCCGUGCUGGUGUGCCUCAACGUCGACACACUAGACGACGCCAUCGCGCUGACCAACAGCAACGAGUACGGCAACGGCGAGGCCAUCUUCACGACAUCCGGGUCGACGGCGGCUCGCUUCCAAAAGGACAUUGAAGCCGGCCAGCUGGGCAUCAACGUGCCCAUCCCCGUACCUCUGCCCAUGUUUUCGUUCACUGGCAACAAGAAGAGUGUUGCUGGCGGCGGCGCAAGCACGUUCUAUGGCAAGCCGGGUAUUAAUUUCUACACGCAGCAAAAGACGGUCACCAGUCUGUGGCGUAGCGAGGAUGCCACGCACAGCAGGGCUAGUGUUGUGAUGCCUACGCAUAAGUGA